UCGCAGGAACUACAAGCAGAAGCAGACCUCUUUCAAAGCAGCAGGGUAGCGGAUAAAAAAUACUGAAAAUAGUACGCUCGCUUUCUACGAGAAGGUGCUGUCUUUUCAAUCAUAUUUCAACUAAACGAGGGAGCCAACAGGACCCGGUGAUGAACGGUGACUCAGGUUCCGGGGUGGUGACUGCACCCCCUCCCACCACCGCCCCCCACAAGGAGCGCUACUUUGACCGAGUGGACGAGAGCAGCCCGGAGUAUCAGAGGGAGAGGAACAUGGCGCCAGACCUCAGACAGGACUUCAACAUGAUGGAGCAGAGGAAGAGGGUCUCCAUGAUCCUGCAGAGCCCGGCGUUUUGUGAUGAGCUGGAUACGAUGAUUCAGGACCAGCUGAAGAGGGGAAAGACUCCCACCAGCCUGUUGGCUCUGCAGCAGAUAGCGGACUUCAUGACCACCAGUAUCCCCACCAUGUACCCUGCAGCACCCCAGGGAGGCAUGGCUGCACUGAACAUGAGUCUGGGCAUGGUAACCCCAGUGAAUGACCUGCGUGGAUCUGACUCGAUCUCCUAUGAGAAGGGAGAGAAGCUGCUCCGCUGUAAGCUAGCCGCCUUCUACCGCCUGACAGACCUCUUCGGCUGGUCCCAGCUCAUCUACAACCACUUAACCGUACGGGUGAAUUCAGAUCAGGAGAGGUUCCUGAUUGUCCCUUUUGGGCUUCUGUACAGUGAAGUCUCCGCCUCCAGUCUGGUUAAGAUUAAUAUACAAGGGGAGAUAGUGGACCGAGGGAGCACCAACCUGGGGGUCAACCAGGCUGGCUUCACUCUCCACUCAGCCAUCUACGCAGCUCGGCCAGACAUCAAGUGCAUCGUACACGUUCACACACCGGCUGGAGCUGCAGUGUCGGCCAUGAAGUGUGGCCUGCUGCCCAUCUCUCCAGAGGCCCUGACACUGGGGGAGGUGGCCUACCAUGACUACCACGGCAUCCUCAUAGACGAGGAGGAGAACGUCCUCAUACAGAAGAACCUGGGCCCAACCAGCAAGGUCCUGAUCCUGAGAAACCAUGGCCUGGUGUCUGUUGGGGAGACUGUGGAGGAAGCCUUCUACUAUAUCCACAACCUGGUCACUGCAUGUGAGAUCCAGGUGCGCACCCUAGCCAGUGCUGGAGGGCCUGAUAACCUGGUGAUGCUGGACCCUGCUAAGUAUAAGGCUCGGCCGCGGUGCUCUGAGCAUGUCGAGGGCUCCACACACCCCAAGUGGCUGGUGGGGGAGCAGGAGUUUGAGGCUUACAUGAGGAUGCUGGAUAACCUGGGCUACAGGACGGGCUAUCCCUACAGGUGCCCUGCCCUGAGAGACAAAGCUAAAAAGUUCAGCAGCGACGUAGAGAUCGCUCCCUCAGCCACGGGCUACUCCUAUGCCGAGGAUAGUGACUCAGGCGCUCGCUCCCCUCUCAAACUCAGCUUUCAGAGGCAGCAGCGCGACAAGACCGGCUGGCUCAACUCGGGCCGGCCGGAAGAGGCCUACGAGGAAGGGCCCGACGGCGGCAGCCCCAAGUCGAAGACUAAGGUGUGGACGAACAUUACACACGAUCACGUCAAACCCUUGCUGCAGUCUCUCUCAUCCGGUGUCUGCGUGCCAAGCUGUAUUACCAACUGCUUGUGGACAAAUGAGGAAGGAAUGCGACAGGCUGCAGUGGCCAAUCAGUUUGUCCCGCUCAACACAAACCCCAAGGAGGUGCUGGAGAUGAGGAACAAGAUCAGAGAGCAGAACCUGAAGGACAUCACGACGGCAGGGCCGGAGUCCCAGGUGCUGUGUGCUGGAAGCAUGGUGGAUCGCUCCUUUAUCCAGGACGCCCCUCUGUCUGACUGUACGGACACUAUUGCCGACCUCGAUCUGUCAGAGGCCAAUAGCCCUGCUAAGUCUUUUAGAAAGGGGGAGCUAGUGACAGCGUCUAAGGCCAUCAUAGAGAAGGAGUACCAGCCACGUGUCAUCAUAAACAAGAAAGGCCCAAACCCCUUCAAUAAGCAGUAUGACCAGGAGCUGGAGGAUUACCGCAAAGAGGUGGAACUCAAACAGAAAGGACCCGAUGUACAGGGUGAAGAGUCCUUCCAGCUCUCUUCAGCUGGGCCUGGAGAGGGCCUGUCCCCCUCUACCUCACCACAGAAGCCCCCACUGCCGCCAAAGCCCCUCUGUAUCCCAGAACAGGGAGCUGGAGUUGGACUGGUCAUCCCUGGGGUCUCUGAGCCUACCCCCACAGCCUCCUCCAAGGCUGCCUCUCCCUCCUCCUCUCUCCCCAGCCGAGACAUUCUGACUGGGUCGGGGGGCAGUCAGGGGAGCCCAGGGACGUCCACGGGGUCGGGGACUGGGGGCUACGGGGAAGAGUCCCUCUCAGAGUCUCCUCACAAGGAGUUUCACUGUGCCGUGCUGAAGGCUCUCAGCACCACCAACACAGAGCUGCCUGCCCUCACUGAGGUUCCAGACUCCUCAGAUGCGUUACCAGAGCCUGAGGAAGAGGCAAAGGGUCAAAGUCCGACCCGCACACCACCCAGCACCCCUGUCAGAGCAGAGGAAGAUUCUCAGCUGGAGCACACCUAUAAGGAUGAGAGUGAUCAGGCUACACUGAGACAGACCCUCCCUGACCUGACCCCAGACGAUGAACCCUCUGACGCCCCAGUCCCCGCCCUCCCUGCCGAAGAUCCUGCCACUCCCGCUGCCACCGCCGUGGGAGAGGAGCCUGCUGAUGCUGCCGGCGACCAAGACUGCGAACAGGACGGCGAUGAAUCCCCCAGCAAAUCGCCUUCCAAGAAGAAGAAGAAGUUCCGCACUCCUUCCUUCCUCAAGAAAAACAAGAAGAAGACUGAAGAAAAGGAGGGAAAAUCAAAGGAACCCUAGACCAGACCUCUCCUCUCAAGCUUUGUAACCCUUCGCUUCCCCUUGGGCGAGCCACAACCUUUGACCCUACAUGCUUAGUAUUAUUUGUCUGGCUUUAUAACUCUGUUCACCUCCUAGUGUGUGCCAAUUUUAUAUUUAAAAAAAUAAAGGGUCAAUUGCUUAUGAAGUUUUAAAACCGGUCGCUCUGUGGUGAAUGACUGUGCGUCCGGUCUGGUUCAGUGCAGCUGCGUGUCUAUUUAGGCUACUUUAAGUGAGCAGUAGAUUUUUAUUUCCCUUUUUUUAUUUGUUUAAAACAAUGUGUUUUACUAAAACCUGAUUUAACCACUAGAAUGUAUUGGGAUUGUAUCUAAUUAUAUCAGUGUCUUUAAAAAAACAAAAAAACAAGGAGGGCAAAAGCAAAGAAACGCUUGAACUGUCAUUUAAUUAAACUGGUGGAAUCUGAUUCCAGAUUUAAAAACUACCAACUGCACGGUGCUAAUUUCUGAUGUCUAAUAUUAGCGUUAAAUCUGUUCACUCAAACAGCAUUGGGUACAAGAGCAGGUUUUCCUCUCUGCAGUAUAACUGGUGGGUGUAUAUGAAAGGGCCGGAUGGCCGUGGUAAAACACUACCGUUUAUACAGAUGCAUUGUGUGACUCAUGUCCCGCGACCCCGUAAGACCUCAAAUCAUGUUGAGAAUAUCAGUCACCACCUCUAUCAACCAGGGUUGGUGGUACCUGGUGAGACUGCUGGUAUCGCACCGGUCUACACAGGCUGUAUGGCCAUGUGGCGGGAAUGUGUAGGGACGAGGGCAGACGGUGUUGUUGUUGUAUAAUCCUGUAUCCUUGGCUUGCUUUAGCUCUCCCCUCCUUCCUCACCUAAUCACUCCAAUCACAGGAAAGACUAAUGGAACAUAAGAGGACAACAUAUGGCUACAGUUACAAGAGGGAACGCAGAUUUUCUAUGGUUAAUGAUAUAGUCAUCUUUUGUUAUUCUCAAUAACAAAAACAAAUUGAGUCAUUUUCACUUGCUGUGAGAGCACUGUGAACUGAAACACCUCAAUUACAAUAUAACACUGCCUGGAACUCACUGUUGUUUUACCAUUUGCUUUUAGAGAACCGUAGGCUUGCCUGGAUCCAAACAGAAGGUGAAACGAAACCAUUCCAUCUGGAUUCAGGCUAAUAGUGGGUAUAUGGAACGUAGGAAUAUCGUUGCUUUAAGGCACAUCUCACUGUUUUAACGCUGCAUGCAUAACCAGUGACCACACCUCAAUGGACUAUCCUGUGAAACCCCUCUGAAAUGAAAAGACUGUCUCAAGAAAACAUCUCGCUUUCAAGUUGCACUCAAGACCCUAUGGAGAUAGUAACCAAUCUAGUUGGUGAGAUCGUACAGCCUGGUCCCAGAUCUGUUUGUGCUGUCAUGCCAAACUGGGACGAUAGGAGUUGGCAAGGCGACACAAACAGUUCUGGGACCAGACUAGCGAUCUUACACCUUGUCUUUUUAAAAUGUUUGGCAAGCAGAUGGGCAUUAAUACUGGAUAAUGUCAUUCAUUAAUUCCACUUGUCUUGGUUUAGCUUGGGGCGUCAGGGUAGCCUAGUGGUUAGAGUGUUGGACUAGCAACCGGAAGGUUGGAAGUUCAAAUCCCCGAGCUGACAAGGUACAAAUCUGUCGUUCUGCCCCUGUUCCUAGGCCGUCAUUGAAAAUAAGAAUGUGUUCUUAACUAACUUGCCUGGUUAAAUAAAAGUAAAAUAAAAAGCUUGGUUUAGACCACUAUAAAAAUCUAGCCUUGUCCCAGAUCAGUUUGUGCAUUCUUGAGAAUGACCAAAGGAGUUAGCAAGGCUGCAAUAACUGCUCUAGGACAAGGCUAUUCUAAACCUGCUAUAUUACAUGAUGUAAUCUGAGAACAUUAGCCUGUUCCCUGAACCUGAAGGACUGCAUGGCAUGAAACUAAGGCUUUGAGCUUGUAUUGUAUGUCUCUCUCCAUUAUGACUGUAACUCACUAAUACUUUGCAAUUGUUGUGCAAUUUAUUUUAUUUUGUGGUCAAUUGUUUUAAACUCACAGCAAUGUAUUCUUUGAACUAUUUCCCAUACAAACGUGUCGUCAUCCCAUCUAUCGCUUCACCUCCAUUUUCUUCAUGGAACUGUUUUGUUUUUUAACCAUUAAUAAAAAUCCUUCCUUCAAAACCAA